AUGUCUUCUAAAUUGCCAUACCCUAGAAUAGAAGGAAAAGUUAUUCAUUAUGUUAGUAACGGAUCAGGUAGAGAUAGCUAUAUAUGGAAAGUAAAUGGUGGUCUGUUUAAAGAAAAGUUAGAAGAUCCUAAAGGAUUUGAAAUAGGAACUUUUAAUGGAAAAAGACAUUAUAAAUAACCAAAUAAUUAUUUACCAGCUAAACAUAUACACUAUCGUACUGACGGAACUGGUCGUGAUAGCUAUAUAAACGUCGAUGAAGGAGGUUUGAGCUAAUACAGCUGGAAGAGACAUAAUUUUAUUAGAAAUCUUAGAGGUUAUGAUAAAAUUAACUAUUCUACAAGUGAAGACUUCUUCACAAAAUUAUAAUUUUCAAGACCCUAAUCAGGUUAAGUUAGCAAUCGCUAAUUAAUGGAUAGUUAAAUGAGAACUACAUAAAGACUUUCUCAACCUAAAGUUAGAGAGGAUCCUUACAAACAUGCCAGAAUUCAAUCAGCUCAUCCAGGCUUAAGAACUCUUUAUGGCUGA